GAUUAAAGCCGAAUCUGACGGGUCUUAUCGUAACGGACCCAUAUGAGCAAAACCAUAACAUAAUAAAUCGACUUGAGUUUCCCCAACGUUGCACAUUUCCCGGUCCUUUGCUGAGUCUGAUGGGUUCAGCGUCUCUGGAAACAGAAUCGUUUCAGUAGCAUCAUGGCCCUGGCUGAGGAGCAGCCUGAGAAACACUGCUGGGUGUGUUUUGCCACCGAGCGGGAUGACCACAGUGCAGAGUGGGUGAGUCCCUGCAGGUGUAAAGGCUGCACAAAGUGGAUUCACCAGUCAUGUCUGCAGCGCUGGUUGGACGAGAAGCAGAAAGCAAACAGCGGAGGAGCCGUCAGCUGUCCUCAGUGCGGCACUGAGUACCAUAUCAUUUUCCCCAAGAUGGGCCCGCUGGUGUACUUCCUGCAGCAGGUUGACAGAGCUCUGUCUCGGGCCAGUCCCUUUGCUGCAGUCGGGGUGGUCGUCGGGACGGUCUACUGGUCAGCGGUCACAUAUGGAGCUGUGACAGUCAUGCAGGUGGUGGGACAUAAGAAGGGUCUGUAUGUGAUGGAGCGAGCUGACCCACUGUUUCUGCUCAUGGGCCUGCCCACCAUCCCUGUGCUGCUGGUCCUGGGAAAGAUGAUCCGAUGGGAGGAUUAUAUAGUGAGGCUCUGGCACAAAUACUCCUAUAAACGCCAGCCCCUGUCAGGCAGUGGUGGAUACCUCAUUCGCGGGCCUGUCAACGGAGCUGGUGCAGGAGAUCACCUGUCCGUGUCCAGGACUCUGUGUGGAGCUCUCGUCUUCCCUUCCAUCGCCAGUCUGGUGGGGCGGCUUCUUUUCCGCCGGGUUUCCUCUAACCUGCAGCGCACUAUUCUGGGCGGCAUCGCCUUCGUGGUGAUUAAAGGUGUCUUAAAGGUGUAUUUCAAGCAGCAGCAGUACAUCAUUCAGACCAACAGACAAAUCCUGAACUACCCAGAAAGGCGUGAAGAUGGACAGACUGAGGGCGAGGAGGAUGAUGCAGAGCACAGCGGGAAUGAAUGACACAGAAAACAAAGACUGGGGGGAGGGAAGCAGAGGUGAUUUUAACUUGAACGCUGUAUGGAGGAGUGAAGGCAGGUGCUGUAGCAGGUGAGGAGGAUCUAUUUAAGAUGUAAUUCUGCUGAUUGGACCCCGAACAGUAAAAUGAAAUGAAGACACUGGUGGCGCUUCAAUGCCUUAAGUUCUUACUCCUGAAUAUGCUGAUUCAACACGGACUUGCCUUAUAUUUUAACACACCUGAAUGCUUCUUGUGGAAAAUCUGAAUCUGCAUUCUGGAAAUUCUUUUUAAAAGCAGCUCCUGCUGUGUGAUGUGCUGGUUUUUUUAGUUUUCUAUGAGGAUAAAUUCAACAUUUUCUAUUGUUUGGCUGUUGGACAGACAGCUACAGGUAAUAACAACCAGUUCUCUCAGUUAGGUGACUUCUUAAACACUGAACUAUUAUAAAUAGAAGUUAAUGCUGCUUGCAGCUUUAUAGCUCGCCUGUGCUGAAUAAUUUGAUCAGGGAACAUAAAAUAAUAAGAAACCAAACUCAAAACAGGAAGUUAAGGAAUUUGUAGGAUUAAUUGGAUUAUUUUGGGUGUAAACCAGAGGUCCUCUUUGUGUUUAUGGUAAAAGUAUGUGUGCAUGCACUGAGAUUUAACUGAAUGCAGAAUUUUCUUAAAACAUCCCACAUAGUAAUUUAAACAGGAAAACAGAAGAAGGUGCUUAUUUCUGCAAUAACUUAUAACUGCUGCUGCUGCUGUUUGUGGUUUAUCCAGGCUGAAGUUUAUGUUUAUUAUGUGUCCGCUUUGGUGCAGGUCCUCCAAGGAGGUCUUUAAAGUGAAAAACACCAGUUUAUUGUUAAAAGCAUCAAUAUGUUCUCCUGUACAAAAGUCUGGUCUGCUCCUGAUGAAGCUGAAUGACUCAGUUUCCACUUGAAUAUUUACCUAGUUUUACUUUUCAUACAUCUAGACCCGUGGUUGAAGAAAUAUCUGAUCACUGCUGUAUACGAUUUUGAGGAUAUUACUAACUUUGAUGACCUUCAUUCAAUUAUUGGCUUGAAAUCUUAACAAAGAGAUGCUUUAGAACAUCCCUGAGAAUCUUUUCUCUAGCUUUAAUCCAAUAAUAUUGUGCCCUGAACAUUUUAAAAAUGGGAGCUGCUAACAGUUAAUUAUGUUUCUUUCAGGAUGUGUGAGUGCAGUUAAUUUGAAAUUAAUAACUUGUUAGUUUAAAAUUGACAAUGAUAAAUGCCAAGAAGUACAUUUUCCCUACAGUCCAGUUAUGAUGUAAUGACUCUUCACAGCUGCUGCCAAUCAAGAAAGUUAUUGGAGUUAAAAUAUAUAUUAUAUAACAAAGGUUGUACAUUACCUCAGAUGAGUUGUUCUGCAAUAUCACCAUGCACAAUGUCAACAAUAUAAAUAUCACUAAGACAUUUUGACAUGGAAAAGGACGAGAACGGAUGUAUCUUUGAAGGCUGCAUUCCACUUAGAGGAAGCUCAGCUUUUGUGUUUAUUCUACAACUAACCAGCAUGCAAAGGUGCAGCAGUGGAUUACAGCCCUCAUUAAUACACCUGAGGUUAGUACCAUAUUUUAAGAUUGUUCAUAUAUCACAAGUCAUAUCUAGAUCGCAAUACAUAAAAAUGAUGUUUUCCUAAUCUUCUCUUCUGUGGCACUGUUGUGUUUAACUUUGUGUACAUUCAUUUUUUAUACCCAUUUAACCCAGUUUGGGGUUACAGGGGAGCUGGAGCCUAUCAGCUGCUAUCAGGUGUGAAGCAGGAUACAGCAACCAUGCAUGCUCACACACAACUUCACACAGAAAAGCUUCAGCUAAGGUUCAAACAGGAGCCUACUUCAUGUGAGACGACAGUGCUAACUACCACACCACCCUGCAGCCAAAAUCAAUUAUUUUUAAGUUAAUGAUGUUUUUUCAUAAUUACUUGGCGCCUGGCUUUUCCUGCAGACACAGUCUGACUGCGGUUUGUUGCUGUGGGAUGAAGUGAAGUAGUCCCACAUCUCUAGAAACGAGCAUCUCACAGUGUUACUCCACAGUGUGAUCCCGGACUCGCGUGUUGCACUACUUCUUGUGGCACAGCUGCAAGCACUGAUGCGUCUGCAGGUUUUGGAAUAUAUUGAGCAGAUUUUUUUGUUGAUGUUGCUGCCUUGAUGCUGCUAAAACUGAAGCCAAACAAACGUGCCAUUGUCAUUUAUUUAAGAGAAAAGAGAUUUGGGUUAUGGUUAAUAAAACUGUUUAGAUGUUAUUAUUACUAAACACACUUGCUGUAGAGCUUCAAUGGCACAAUUUAUGUCCAAUGUUUGUUAAGGAGCUUUGUGAAUAAUUUUGUUUUAAUAAAGCUCAGAAAUCAAAAGAGUGUUUAAUUAUUUUUCAAAGCUUUUCUUUUAUCUUCG